CCACAACACAAAGGACGUAUAACCCCCGGUCAUCAUCAAUAAUGAAAUGUUUCGGUCUUUAGCCCUGAACGGUCCCGUACAACAGAAAUAAAUAAGAGAAAAACAGCCAUAGUGGUACAUCAUUCUGUUCCCGUUAGCUUGUUCCAAUCGUUGGCAUGUCGCAAAUCACGUCUUCUCUCCAGUCGGUAGCUCUGAUCCUCAGCAUUCCUCCUCGGCUAUUAUGGACACUAAUCGAAGUCUCAGCGAGACAAGCACUGGGCCAAAGUCCGACAGGAACAUGGUCCGAAAAUAUUGAAGAGGCAUUGGUUAUGUUUGCUGGCGCACAUGCAUCGCUACCUUUUCUUCGAAGCAUGCUCCCAGUCGAUCCUAAUAAAAUAAGAAACUCCAAUCGUUACUCAGGUCUUGGAGACCAACUGCUCACCCACGUACGCCAAUCAACAUUUGAGGGAUACUGGAUAUGCCGUGGUCUGAAGAACACACCAAUCGAACCGAAAGACGCGGAUCUGGUAAUCUUCUACCUUCACGGGGGUGGCUAUGUGCUCGGGCACCCAAUCUUGGAGGCACCAAACCUGCUCUUCAUCGCCGAAUGCCUGGCGAAGGAAGGUCUCACAACAGCGAUCUUCGCGUCUCGCUAUAGCUUGUCGCCAGAAGCUCACUUUCCUCAGCAAAUCAAUGAGGUAGCCUCUGCAUACCACUGGCUGGUGCGAGACCUCGGUGUGACACCUUCUAGAGUUGCACUCAUGGGCGAGUCAGCUGGUGGACAUUUGGCCCUGUCUUUUCUCCUUGACCAUCAUUUGAAGACCCAGCAGAGUGGGUCAUCAGCAGCUGGAAUUGCGAAACCAGCAAGUGUCUUCUUGUUGAGUCCAUGGUGCGACCUUCACAACUCAAACUCGAAAGCGAUGAAUAUUCGCCCAAAUGAAGUUGUCUUCAAGCGGACGCUCACGAAAUGGGGAGAUCUCGCGUUGGGAGAUCUCGACCCGCCACAACGAGACAUGUUCAUGAAUUUCGCUAGGAGAGAUGCCAAACGUGGGUCGCUGAGGGAUAUUCUGCCUUCGUCUUCCUGGAUUUCGGCCGGGGAUGAUGAAGUCAUAUUCGUGCACGACAUCAUUGACUUCGUGAGUGCCGCACGGGACGAUGGAACCAAUAUCACCCUGGAGAUCGAACCUGGUGGACGACAUGCCUGGCAAUCAGCGGCUGCAAGACCUGAGCAUGCAGCUGUUCUUCAAGCGGAGCUAGGCACGGAUUCGGAUGGGCCAAUGACUGCUUGGAAGAGGCUGGCUACAUCCAUUGCUGUAACAGUCAAAAGCACGUCUUCGCUCGACGAGAGGCUAUGAGUGCUUAGCCGUGACGCUCCUGUCGUGUGCAGCAUGAGGAAAUGCGUCAACGCGAAACAAGUUGCGUUCCGAACCCUGAAGUUUCGGAGUAAUUCUCGUUCGAGUACAGUUUACCCCAUAAACUCACGUUCCAUCGGAACCCACUUCGUAUCUCUUGACCCUGCAACUUCUGGAGCGUGGCCGUGAGCUUGCUACCAACAGUAUGCCGACAACGACCCCGAUGGUAUGCUGUAACUGCGUGAGCAGUGUCGGUCGGAGACUGUGAUUAGCGAGUGUAUUGCCAUCUGUUGUUGUGUUGUGAUAUUUUAUUGUUCAAGCUCUCAGCUCUCAAGUAAGUGCACUUGCCCACCGGGCAGUGCCUGCUACAAUAGUAUAUCAUGUGAUCUGAGCCACGUGGUUACAUAUGCAGACGAUUGGAAACCACAGGUUCGCUGGAUAUUUUACGAAAUUGCAGGAAGU